UUCAGGAGAUACACCCAUUGUCUAUAUGACAAUACUGAUAUUCUCUUCUCUAAAUCAGAGGUAGUCAGGACUUCAGGAGAUACACCCAACAAGACAAAAUGGCAGCAAAUGAUGUUCCAUGUUGUGAGCCUAUGUUCUGGGCAUAUCUAGUCACUUGUGUGGCUCUUGUGGCUUUUUCUGGACUCAUGUCUGGUCUAACUCUAGGACUCAUGUCACUUAGGCAAGUUGAACUUGAGGUCCUUGCAAAGUCCGGUUCGCGCCAAGAACGCAAAAAUGCAGAGAAGAUUUUGCCACUGAUUAAAAAUCAGCACUUACUACUAUGCACUCUGCUCAUAGGCAAUGCCCUGGCAAUGGAGGCCCUGCCGAUCUUCGUUGAUUCGAUUAUGCCUGCUUGGAGUUCUAUAUUGAUAUCAGUCACCCUCAUACUUGCGUUUGGUGAGAUUAUUCCUCAAGCUAUUUGCUCAAGAUAUGGGCUAAGCGUUGGCGCAAAACUGUCGGUAAUAGUUCGACUGAUUCUUAUAGUCCUCUUUCCUUUAUCUUACCCAAUUAGUAAGCUGCUUGAUUGGAUACUGGGAAAAAGGCAUUCUGCACUUUUACGACGAGCAGAGCUAAAGACAUUGGUGGUUAUGCAUGCAAAUGAGGCAGGGAAAGGUGGAGAAUUGACACACGAAGAAACAACGAUUAUCACAGGAGCUUUGGAUUUGACUCAAAAGACUGUUAAAGAUGCUAUGACUCCAAUAUCUAAAAUAUUUGCACUUGAUAUAGAUUCUAAACUGGAUGAUAAAACAAUGGAACUGAUGAUGGAAAAAGGACAUAGUCGGGUACCAAUUUACUCAGCGAGCCCAACGAAUAUUGUUGGCUUCAUUUUGGUAAAAAAUUUGAUCAAGUGCCGUCCCGAAGAUGGAAAUCCUAUAAGAAAUCUCACCAUCAGAAAAAUUCCAAGGGUGCAUGAUCGUUUGCCUCUGUAUGACAUGAAGAAUCAUUUUCUUGAAAUUCAGAGUCACAUGGCUGCUGUUGUUAAGUGCAAAAAUGAUGUUAACGAGACUGGAGAAUUUGAGAGAGCUAGAACAGGCGUUUUCAAGAUCAAUAUCAAUUCAAAUUCAAAACAAGAAGGCUUGGAAUAUCUUCCCUUUGAAGAUGAGGAGGUUAUUGGUAUCAUAACCUUGGAGGAUGUUAUGGAAGAACUGUUGCAGGUCAGUGCUUAAUAUAGCAGAAAAUUCAUACAUCUUCAGCAGAAGAUGCUCACAUACUAUUCUGAAAUUGUGUAGGAAGAAAUACUGGAUGAGACCGACGAGUACGUCGACGCUCACAACAAGUAAUGCUUCUCUGUCGCUCUAUUUUCCGCGGUCUUAUUAUGCUAUUCUGAUCACUUCCCUGCUCCGUUUCAGAAUCAAGAUCAAUAUGCUUACUUCAACAACAUUGAAAUCAAUUGCAUCGCCUGGAGUGGCAUCCCCAGUUUAUCAGUAUUCUCACUGUAGUACUCCGCGUUCUUCAUAUACUAGUACUCCAGUAGCUCUGUAUUCACCAGUCUCACCAUACAUUCAUUUACCAAUUGCAAGACCAACUCUGUCUGCUUCCCCUGGUAAAUAUGUACCAAGAUCUCCAAACUAGUUUUGCAGGUGCUGCUCACUAUUGAAUAUUGAACCAUGUUAUCAGGUAUGCACAAAUAUCAGGAAAUAAAAUAAGGUUCAUUUUCAUGGAAAGGGAAAAUCACUUUGUAUGCAGUCAUAGAAUGUUUAAGCAAAUCUUAAUUUUGCAGCACACUGUUAUACCUGAGCGCCUGGUAGGUUGGUACUGGAUAGACUAUA